AUGGCUUCCUCUCGUUGGUGGCUCUACGUGCAGGCCGUCUUCUGGCGGUUCCUGAUGCGCAUCGGCAUGUUUCUGCAUGACAUCGGUCCCCCCCGACCCCCGCGACCGUUAUUUACCCGCUCCGUCCGCGUCGACAAUCAGCAGUCGUUCGUCUUACACUUCUACGUCCCACCCAACUACCACGAACAACGACGUCUGGGUCACAAAUUCCCAGUAUGCGUCAACUUCCACGGCGGGGGCUUCACACUCGGGGCGGCUACGGAUGAUUCUCGCUGGGCGAAAUCCGUGUUGGACCACACCGGCGCGGUCAUGGUGAGUGUCAGCUACCGGCGGGCCCCGGAGCACCCCUACCCGGCCGCCGUAGACGAUGGAGUCGAAGCACUCCUGUACCUGGCCAUGCACGCUGGGGAACUCGGUCUCGAUGUGAGUAGGAUUGCGCUGAGCGGGUUCUCGGCGGGUGGCAACCUAGCCGUAACUGUGCCGUUGCGGCUACGGGGCCGCAUAUCGUCCGAAAUCAAAGAGAAUCUGGGCCGAGCAGAGUCAACACAGAAUCUGUUGAGCCAGGUCGCUGAUUUGAAUAUCGUCGCUCUGUUCUGCUGGUAUCCCAUUCUUGAUUUCCAGGAAUCUCGUGACCACCGUCGGGCCAUGAGUCUCAUGCCGGACAAGACUCUUCCCGCCUUCUUCACUACCUUGUUCGACGAAUCCUAUCUGCCUGAUCUGGACGAGCGUGUCUCGCCAUAUGCUUCUCCCAUCCACGCAACCGACCGUCUCUUGUCCGAGGGUCUUCCCCGUGAUGUCUUCCUGUUCAUCUGUGAGUGGGACAUGUUGAUGAAAGAAGGUCAGGCGUUUGUGCGUCGUCUGGAAACGCUUGGCAAACGCCCUCGUGCCAUGCUCAUCGAGAAAGCUCGGCAUGCAUGGGACAAGUCGCCGAACCCUUGGCGAGACCAGGAUAGCGUGGACGUAUUAUAUCGGGAUGCCUGUGCAUCCAUGAGAGGAAUUUUCGAUCGGUGA